GCUUUCCUCUCUCCUCAAUCAGCAACACUUCUAAAUUUUCUCUAACGCGUGCUGCGCUUAAUAAUCUGGAGGCCUCGUGCCCAUUAUACAGAGUCGUCAUAUUCCCUGUUGUUCGCGUUCGGAUGAUCUCUCGCCGGAGUGUUAAUCGUGCCUAUCGUUGAAGGUCAACCUCCGGAAGAGCACCCCCAAUAAGAAUCCAGUCUACAGCCCGACCGAAAAGAUCCAACAACAACUCAGAGCAGCCGCGUGGGGAACCAACUUCCCCCGACGGAAAACACUCGACGUGUGCCGGUAAGACCACACUUGAACCGACCAAUCCUCGGACAGAGUGUGGAUCAUGUUGAAUGGGACUUCGAACACAGCCUUGGUUGCUGCCGGCAUAGCCGGGACUCUGUUCAUAGGGUACUGCAUUUAUUUCGAUAAAAAACGACGCUCGGAUCCGAUGUACAAACAGAGAGUACGUGAAAGGAGACUACGGGAUUCUAAAGCAAAAAAACGCGGCACCAUCAUCGCUCCGGAUUUCAAGGACGUCGAGGCCGUUCAGAAGUUCUUCUUCCAAGAAAUGCAAAUCGGUGAAGAACUCUUGAGCCAAGGUGAAAUCGAGAGUGCUCUCGAGCAUCUCGCAGCCGCUGUCGCCGUCUGCGGCCAGCCGCACCAACUGCUUCAGGUGCUCAAGCAGUCGAUUCCUGCUCCGAUUUACAACCAACUUGUCAAAAAAAUACCUGCUGUGACUCAACAACUGUCGGCUCAUAUGGAAGAGGACGUAGAGUGAUCGAUUGACGCUGAGCUUCUGAAAGAGUUGAGUCGCUAGGGCAUAGAGUAGUCACGCACCUGAUCAGGGACGAAUUCUCGACGAAUGAACACAACGUUGAUGAUUUGGGUAUGGAUGCUUAAUCGUUCCGUGUCAUCGACUUGUCUCGGACGUUCGUCCUUUCUUAUUUCAUUGCAAGUUGUUCCGUCUGACUAGAUCGAACGGAGGAGUCUUGUUCGUUCUUCCGAUCGAGAAUCAAAACGUGAUGCAUUGUUGACCUUGUACAACGAUGGGAGACCGUUCGAUGAACUCCGAAUGUAAU